GUCUCGUCAACGUCAUCCGUAGCUGCGACGUCUCCACACUACUUCGAAUGCUUCCGUAGAAACGGCAGUGCUGGUCGUCUGGUACUUGCUGCAGAUGCAAAACGCGCAGCGUGAUGCAGUCCAAGAUGAUGCCCCCGCGGCUUGCGAACCGGCGGUGCAGAUGGCCAAGAGUCUGGACUUGUUCUUCGAAACAGCGGACGCGGGAACGCGAUCGGGGCAUUAGAUUUGCCGGCGCCUCCACUGCCUGCGCAAGCAACUGACGCAGACACCGCGAGGAGGAGGCGGCGAAGCCGCGAAGAGGCUGCCGGCCCCAGUUUGUCCGAGGCCCCCCGCGGAAGCCAGUGCCCGCGCCUUCAUGUCGGGCGCCGGUCGACGUGAGGCUGACGUUCAUGGACGAUCAGCUUCUGGAGUGGAUGGAGGAGGAACCGAUGCGAUUCAAGGCGAGAAUCGCGGAGGUGGAGGAGGCAAUGGAGAAGCGGACUCGUUUUGUUCAGUUCGUCACUAUGCUCCUCCUGGGCCUCGUGGUGGUGCUCCUCCGCUUCCAAGUGCGCGCCGCGCCGCGCCUAGAUGUUUCGGAUGGGGGCCCUCGCUCCCUGACCGGGGCCGCCCCUUUUCCUUUGUGCUGGCCGUACCCACUGGGGCCGGCGCGUUGGGCAGGGGGAUGCGUUCGCCCCGCACGCAGGCCGGGGCCCUGGUGCGCCCGCCGGCCCGGCCCUGCAAUACAUUCACUGCGCGCGCGCGCGCUGCCGUUCGACACGGGCGGGCUGUCUGAAAUGUGGGCCGCCGCUCCCCUUGCCGGGUGGGUUGCCCGUGCCUUCGUUCUUUCCCGCGCGUGGUGCUGUUAGUUUCAAAGCAGCGCGCGCGCCCAUGGCGCGGUUAGCCCGGCCCGCGGCCGCACUGUAAUUCAAUAUCGCCAAACUUUUAGCAU